UCAUUUCAAAUUGGAAAACAAACUAUCAAAACGUACACGGACCCUUGUGUUGUCCGGUAUUGUUUGUACUAAGUUGGAGUAUGUUCCUGUGGAUUCCUGUUUCCUUCCAAGUAAAGACUUAUUCUGAUUCUAUCUCCUCGUCGUGUGCUUAGUAUACCAGCUACCGUAACAGAAUACCGGACCAAGACAGUUAUACAGUUUGCGGCGUGUGUCUGUUGUUUUCCGUCCCAGUGUUUUUCGUGUUUCACUCUCUGUUCCCGUCACCAUGUACACACCCGCAUUUCUAUUAUUAUGCCUUGAGCAGAAGGACCGCUCCCUUGAGGCAAAUUUGGACAAUUUUUUGUUUCUCGCUCCAUCAACACAUUUCCUGGACAGCAGCCUUUGCAACUUCCUGUAUGCCGGCCUCAACACCGCCACCAAAGCGCUGCUGUCUGGGGAAGGACCUCGAGGGAGCUUCCGGGAUUAUGUGGAGUGGGUGCUGGCGUCACUGGCGCCAGUCCCACUCCUUCUCCAGUGCACAGCCAUCAACACCCUGACUGCGAGGAUCGGCAGGAUGAGCCCACCGCAGGCCGCGAAGAGGACUUCGCCGCGACGUUCGAGCCAGCGCCUGUGAGAGCGACCGAGCGGGACAUCGCCACGGAGCCUGAGCAACGCGGGACUGACCAGGUGUGCGAGCCGGCUGUACCAUCCAUCGCCGAGGGAAUCUUAGUGGAUUACGAGGGUUUCACCAGUUUGGUCUUAUUCCAGGAAGGCAAAAGUCAAAUGUGGAAGUGAAAGCAUGAAGUUAUCUUUUACUGUCCUUCAAAGACUGCAAGAAAUCAACAUUAAUUAUUUUUCUUAAUGCAUGUAAGGUAAUGUUUCCAUUUCAAUAUUUUCAUUGUCACAGGCUGUGAAGAAGUAAUUUUCCAUUGAAGAACUUAAAUUAAAAGUGCAAUUUACAUGCGAAAUUUGUGGUUAUGCAUGUAUGCACAGUAUGUGGCUUUGUACUUCCCCUUACCGCACCUCCAGCAAUACCAACAGGGCAAUGGACAUAAGUGUGUACAACUAUAAAUGUCAUAAGUUAAUAAAAUCAUACAAUAUAUCCUUAUGAAUGGAGUGGUUUAAUUAAGUUUGAUUAAACUGCUAAAUUCAUAUAAAUUCAUUUUUGGAUGUCAAAACCAACAUUGUGAUGGAAAGAGAGGUUCAGCACUGCUAGAUGUAGUUUUUCUAGAAAUUGAGGCUGGGUCCAACAUUUGUGGUAUAUCCUCAAAUUUUCUUUUGGUAUUACUGAGAAUCAGAUUUGUGUCAGGUCUGAUUUAUUUUCCCCCAAAAUAUCACUAAAAACAAAUUUAAUACUUUAAUUGUAGAAAAACUAAUCCAUAACCAAACCUGCCAGUUGUUUAUGGAAAACAGAAAAACUGUUUAGUUCAAUUUUUCUUCAUGACAGUGUAAUACAUUUAGUUUAUUUAACACUUUUGAAUAAAUGCUAUAUGAAGUAUAUUUAUGACAGCAUACACACAUGAAAGUGUUGUUCCUGUCAUUUUAUUGAGACUGUACAGAUGCCAAAUAACAUUGAAGACGCAUUUGGUUUGGGAGGGACUUCAGCCAGUUAGGCUUGUUAGAUUAGUAUUUACAUCAAAGCUUUUUAUUCAACCAAACACUCGACACAAAGGCUGGUGUGUAAGAAUAUUCAUUUAUAUUUACAUUUAAUAGCAAAAUUGCAUCUCUCAGUGUUUAAUGUAUAAUUAAACAUAGUAUAGUAUAGUAGUUUUUUUAUAAAAAAAAAACAGUGUUUUUGCAGUAAAGUAAAUUGUUUUGUUUUAAGCAGACUGAAGAGUGACAGAGAAGGUCGACACAUUCAGUGCAGCGAUUACCAUGAGUUUCGGACAGCCAAAUCUUCCGCCAAGCAGAUCAACUCUUAUUCAUCAAGGUCCUCCAAAACGAUUUUGUCUAGGCACAGAGAGAAAAGUGCUUGAUGAUAAUGGAAAAGUCAGAAAAUGGACUUAUGGGACAAAAGACACCAGAAAACAAAACAAAAUUGUUCUACUGGUGGGAGAAACCGGCGUUGGCAAGACGACUCUCAUUAACACCUUGGUCAACUACUUACUGGGAGUGAAGUUUGAAGAUGAAAUAUGGUAUGAAAUCACAGAAGAAGAAGCAGGAGAUCAAUCGCAAUCACAAACCUCUGAAAUCACCAUGUAUGAGGUCUGUCCUGUAGAGAAUCUUGUAUCUCUCACCAUCAUUGAUACUCCAGGCUAUGGAGACACUAGAGGACUGGAAAGAGAUCUGGAAGUUGCUGAGAAUUUAUCCUUUCUUUUUCAGAGCAAUGAUGGAGUUCGUGAAAUUGACGCUGUGUGUUUUGUAAUUCCAGCAUCUAAGAAUCGUCUCUCAGACAGACAGCAUUACAUUAUCAGUUCAGUUCUGUCUUUAUUUGGAAAGGACAUUGUGAACAACAUUGUGUUUCUAAUCACACACUCUGAUGGUCUGCCACCCAAAAACGUCCUCGGCGCCAUUAACAAAGCUAGAAUCCCCUGCAGACGAGACCACAGUGGCCAACCUGUUUAUUUCUUAUUCAACAAUAGGCAGGCUGAAGCCCACCACAAUGAGAAACGUUACCUUCGUGCUCAAAGAGAUGCUUGGGAAAACAGCAUGGAAGAGACAAAGCAAUUCUUUCAGUCUCUGAAUGAAAAGAACAGAAGAAGUUUAGAGUUAACGUCAGAUGUCCUGAUAGAGCGCAUUCAAUUUGAAGCGAUUAUCUGCAACUUACAGCUGCGAGUUCAAGAGAAAGAGUCGAAGAAAUCUGAAAUUCUGAUUCAGCAGGCAAUAAUGCAAAACAAGGAAAAGAUUGAAAUGCGUACAAAUUUUAGCAUUAGAGUCAAAAAGACUCUCAAAGAAAAGGUGCUCAUUGAGAGCAAGUCAUGGAAGAACAGGAAGGCUACGAUCUGCACCGUCUGUGAGGAAAAUUGCCAUGAGUUUGACUGCUGGUGGGUUUCUGAUCCCAGCAAAUGUGAAGUCAUGAAAAACGGCUACUGUACCGUGUGCACAAGGAACUGCCACCACAGCAAACACGUCAAAGAAAACAAGAAAUAUGUCAUCAGCACCUCGAAUGUUGAGAUGAACUUUGAUGAAUUAAAAAAGGAAUAUGAAAAAGCUCAAACUAAGAGGUUUUCAGUUGUAAUGGAUGAUCUUGACAAAGAUCUGCAGAUGAUUGAGGACCAAAAGCAAAUUCUUUUGUUCAAUGCUUACAAGACCAUCAAGUCUCUUUCUAAGAUUGCAUUAAAGCCAGACUCUGCCUUCACUCUUCAGCAUCUGGACUUCUUCAUCCCCAGAGUGAGGGAGGCUGGGAAAGAAAACUGGGCCAAAGAGCUGGAGGAAAUGAAAAGGAGCGCUGAGUCUGAAGAAGCAAAUAAAGAUGCUCUGAGUUAUCUGAAAGCUGGUCUGACAAAACUUUUCCUUGGUAAAGUGAACAAACACAGAGAAGACAAGAAAUGAAUCAAUGAAAAUGAAAAUUGCUUACAAGUAAUCAAUGGUGGUGUUCUGUAGAUCUAAAAAUAAGACAUAUUAAGCUAUAAAUGAGAGUAUCAAGCUGUUUUAGUGCUUAUUUAAAAGGCAAGACACUCCAGUACAAUCUCUUAGUUUAUGAAGUGUAAUAAUAACUAAUAUUUUCGGAAACUGGAUCAAAGUUUUAACAUAAAAUGUUGCACCAAUGAACAUUGAUGUGUUUACUCUUGUGUUAAAGGUGCAGUAAGUGAUUUCAGAGUAAAACUGCUGAUAUUUAAAAUCACCAAAACAAACACGCCCCUACCCAAAAGGAUCAUACCCCAGUCUUGAUAGCCCCGCCCCCAAAUUCAUGAACAUGCUAUGCAACACAGGCACCUCCCCCGUCAUGAGUGGAUAUGCCCCUUAUUGCUGAUUGGCUACAAGAGUGUUUUGGCGCUCAAUCUACUUUAAACAGCAUUUCUCAGAAAACGCUUACUGCACCUUUAAUUCUUGCUGAACUCUACAUUUAUCUCUACAUUUAUUUAUCAAUUGCUUAAAGCUGCAGUCCGCAACUUUUUUUGGUUAAAAAUUAACCAAAAUCAACUUUUGAACAAGUACAUAACCACCCAGUGUUCAAAACUAUCUAAUUAUCUUGUCUCGAUUCACGACGGUUAGCUUGUAAUAAUGUUUUAUAAUAAGAGCGAACUGGCGGAUUUCCGCGGGAAAUUCAAGCAUGCAGCAGUUCCUCUGUGCGUCAUUACGUCACGUCCGUAAACAGAAAGGAGUCCCGUCGAGAGGCUCAGUUAAAUCAUGUGAGGAAGCUGCCGGUAGCGGCACGUUUAUAGCCUUUUCUCACAGCAGCUGAAAUAAUUAAACUUAUCAUUUUGAUGGCGGAUUGUAAUCCAGAAAGGUCCAAAUGACAAUCAUCAGUGACAACUGGAGAUUCACCCUUAG